ACAAACCAACAUAUACAAAAAAUUUCUAUAAAUAGAUUUCAUUGUUUUCUUCAUCUAAUUCCAAAUAUCAUCCCCAUUUUAAUUUUUAGUUUGAUAUUCUCGUUUUUUUUGUUUUCAUUUCAAUGGCACGUCGGGAGUGGAGCGAGGACGAGACGUUGUUAGAACAUCUUAAGAGCCUGGUAGAUGGGGGAGUUUGGCAAAAUGAGAACGGAUGGUUCAUACCGGCAUCCUUCGUAGUUUUGGAAACUCAAAUGCGAGCUUCUUUUUCCCAAGGUGGUAUUACAAAAUUUCAUAUCGAGGCAAAAAUGAAGUAUUGGAAGGCAACUUGUUUCCGACUACAAGACCUGCUUCAGAUUUCCGGAUUUGGUUGGAAUGAAAAUGAAAACAGACUGGCGGUGGAGAAUGAGGUUUGGAAUGAAUUUGUCAAAGUGAAUUGACAAUUUAGAAACAUGAGGGACAUGCAAUUCCCCAUGUUUAAUUGAUGGAGUCAUUGCUUCGUACGUUUCAGAGGUUGACGUUGAAUACUUGAAGAAGAUCGUAGUUUGAAUAAAUGUUUGAAAAAUAAAUUUGUUGCUUUUUACCCUUGUAAGGUAUCUCAAGUAGUCUCGAUUUAUUUGAGAUUAUAAGCUUGUGUUCAAAAUGCAAUCUUGAAAAUAAAUGUUGGACUAGUUUCAAUCUUGUCAUAUUUAACGAUAAAGACAAAU